GUCACCGGUGGCCUUGGGGACACUUUGGGACACCUCAAUGAUGUCACCGGAGAUGCCACCACCAUGGUGACCUCUGUCCCAGCGUCCCCAGGAGGUGACAAAGUCCUGGUGGCCCCAGGUGGGGACGUGGCCAUGGAGGGGACAGCCCAGCCCGGUGCCACCAACUGCUCCUGGGACACUUUGGGACACCUCAGUGACGUCACCGGAGAUGCCACCACGGCCGUGACCUCUGUCCCAGCGUCCCCAGGAGGUGACAAAGUCCUGGUGGCCACCGCUGGGGACGUGGCCAUGGAGGGGACAGAAGACCCGAGUGCCACCGGUGACCCCAGGGACACUUUGGGAUGCGUCACUGAAGCCUCUGGAGAUGCCACCACCAUGGUGACCUCUGUCCCAGCGUCCCCAGGAGGUGACAAAGUCCUGGUGGCCACCGCAGGGGGCGUGGCCAUGGCGGUGACCGAAGCCCCAGGUGCCACCAACUGCUCCUGGGACACUUUGGGACGUGUCCCCGAUGUCCCCGGAGAUGCCACCACCACAAGUGGAGACGUGACCACGUCCCCAGGAGGUGACAAAGUCCUGGUGGCCACCGCUGGGGGCGUGGCCAUGGAGGGGACAGAAGACCCAAGUGCCACCGGUGACCCCAGGGACACUUUGGGACACCUCAAUGAUGUCACUGGAGAUGCCACCACCACGGUGACCUCUGUCCCAGCGUCCCCAGGAGGUGACAAAGUCCUGGUGGCCCCAGGUGGGGACGUGGCCAUGGAGGUGACGGCCCAGCCCGGUGCCACCAACUGCUCCAGGGACACUUUGGGACACCUCAGUGACGUCAUUGAAGAUGCCACCAGCACAACUGGAGCCGUGACCACGUCCCCAGGAGGUGACAAAGUCCUGGUGGCCACCACAGGGGGCGUGGCCAUGGAGGUGACCGAAGACCCGAGUGCCACCGGUGACCCCAGGGACACUUUGGGACACCUCAAUGACGUCAUUGAAGAUGCCACCACCAUGGUGACCUCUGUCCCAGCGUCCCCAGGAAGUGACAAAGUCCUGGUGGCCACCAGUGGGGACGUGGCCAUGGAGGUGACCGAAGACCCAAGUGCCACCGGUGACCCCAGGGACACUUUGGGACGCGUCACCGAAGCCCCUGGAGAUGCCACCACCACGGUGACCUCUGAUCCAGUGUCCCCAGGAGGUGACAAGGUCCUGGUGGCCCCAGGUGGGGACGUGGCCAUGGAGGGGACGGCCCAGCCCGGUGCCACCAACUGCUCCUGGGACACUUUGGGACGUGUCCCCGAUGUCCCCGGAGAUGCCACCACCACAACGGGAGCCGUGACCACGUCCCCAGGAAGUGACAAAUCCCUGCUGGGCCCUGGUGGGGACGUGGCCAUGGAGGGGACAGCCCAGCCCAGUGCCACCAACUGCUCCUGGGACACUUUGGGACACCUCAGUGAUGUCACCAGAGAUGCCACCAGCACAACUGGAGUCGUGACCACGUCCCCAGGAAGUGACAAAGUCCCGGCGGCCACCGCGGGGGGCGUGGCCUCGGCCGCCACCUCGGGUGACGUCACCGCGGGCGAUGACGUCACCGCCGCCAUCAUGGUGGCGCCGGGCGGGGCCAUCUCGGUGGGGGGUCCCGGGGUCAACCCCCGCCCCCCGUGA